UCUACUAACAUGACUGAAACGUUAGCUCCCACUGAGCAGUCAGAUACAAACAACAUGCUCAUUGACAACAUGCACGACUACCUCGAGUCAGACACGGAGGUACUGAAGGUCUCGUUAGUGGAUGACAAUUUUCCGCAACUUCCCAUCACCCCGGUUAAAUCACCUGCACCUAAAUGGAGACGUGUGGAAGAUACGACAACUACCGCAAUCCUCUCCCAGCUUUCCUCCCUCUCUCAGCUGAUAAACAGCAGGUCAGAUGCCUUGGAAAAGUUGGUCAGUGACAACUCCUUGGUGAUUGCCGAAGUGAAGAUGGCAGUUACAGAAAACACCAAGCAGAUCGCCGGUAUUAAAGAUUCAUUUGAUGCUGUUUGUGCUGAAGUAAAAAGCGUUAAAGAGAGAGUUGACCGCUGUGAAUCGCUGAUUGAGGCUUGCAAAGUUAAUACUGACAAGACUGAGCAGCGUGUUUCUCAAUUAGAAGCGUACUCCCGACGCUGGAAUCUCAAGCUCUACGGCCUAGAAGAAAACGAUCAGCAGGAUCUGCGACACGAGAUUAUCAAGAUAUGCCAGGGUCUGCUUCCAGAGGCCAAAACCAAGCUUCCAGAUGCCAUAGACGUCAUUCACCGCCUCGGCCCCAGGAAGCCUGGUAACAUUCAACCGAGAGGUGUCAUCGUGCGCUUCUCUUCCAGAUUCUACCGUGAUGCCGUGUGGCGCUCCGCAAAGAACUCCGGCUUCCUGAAGACCAAAAACCUGAAACUGGCGGAGGACUUGUCAGCAGAGGACAGAGAGAAAAGAAAGAAACUGUGGCCCGUUGUUGAUCAGGCUCGGAAAGAUGGCAAGCCAGCUUUCUUCGUGGGCGGUCGUGCUUUUGUGGGUGGAAAGGAAAUUCUCCCACCUUGAGACUUUGUAGAUGAGGAAUCACACUCAAUUGAACAGGAUGCUAACUUUUGGAAAUCACAGUGGGGGGGUGACCUGUGGCUGUCUCACGGAUCUGAGCGCUCAGCUGGUGUUUGUGUUUUAAAAAACCGCUUUAGUGGAAAAGUUUUAAACUCUGACUGUGACAAAAGCGGUCAUUACAUAUUUCUAGUUCUAGAAAUUGCUAGCGUAAAUUAUAUUAUAGUUAAUGCUUAUGGCUUCAAUUCUCAAACAGAGAACAAAAGUUUUUUUGAUAAUUUGGAAGAACGACUCUCUUACUGGUUAUCUAAAUUCCCAAAUUCUUUUAUCGUUUUGGGGGGAGAUUUUAAUACCGUGUUAGAUAAUUGCCUGGAUAGGUUGCCUGCAAGGAAUGCGGACUCCUCUAAUAUUUAUGUGAAGACGCUCUUAAAUAGUUUUAAUUUAACCGAUAUUUGGAGAGAUACUCACCCGCUACAGAAAUCAUAUACAUGGAGCAACAAAACAUUAUCAAGGCAGUCUCGCAUUGAUUUCUGGCUUAUAUCCAAGGAUCUGAAAAAUGUAGCUGCGAACAUUUUACCAUCGCCCCUAUCUGAUCAUAAGACUAUUCAAGUUCUCAUUCCUUCUCUCUCUCCCGGUUCUCCUAAAACCUCUUAUUGGAAACUUAAUAGUACACUCCUUAAACACAAGGAAGUGACUUCUAAAAUUGAGAGUUUUAUUCGGCUUUACUGGGACAAAGCUCAAAGUGAGAAUUCUUUUAGCAAUAACUGGGAGUUGUUAAAGUACGAAACUGCUAAAUUUCUCAGGAAAUACAGUAGUGAUUUAGCUAAAAAAAGAAGAACAGAGGAAAACGAUACUAUACUUAAAAUUGCAUCCUUAACUUCUCAGUCUUUAGAUGUACUUACUGAGUCAGAACAGUUGGAGCUUACUAAUCAGCAGCAUAGGUUGGACGAGAUAUAUAAAAGAAAAGCGGAAGGUGCUUUUGUUAGAUCUCGCCGUAGGUGGCUCGAAGAGGGCGAGCAGAAUUCUGCAUAUUUCUUUCGACUAGAAAAGCAGCAAUCAAAAAAUAACACCAUUCAACAAUUAAGUAUUUAUGGAACAAUUACUGAUGAUUCAAAGAAAAUUGCCAAGUAUUGUGCUGGAUUUUACAGUGAUCUUUACACCUCUAGAUAUUGUCCUCAAGAUGCCACAUGUUUUUUUAAUUCUAUUCCUAAUAUCAAUCAGAUUUCUGAAGCUAAUUGUGACUUUUGUGAUGCCUCUAUUUCUCUAAAUGAAAUUACUAAUGCCAUUAAUCAACUAAAAAUCAAUAAAUCACCCGGAACGGACGGCUUUACUGCCGAAUUUUAUAAGCAUUUUUCUCUGAGCCUAGCCCCAUUUUUAAAAGAAGUUUUUGCUGAGAGUGUUUAUAGAGGUUCCUUGCCACCUACAUUAAGUCAGGGUCUAAUUACACUCAUUCCUAAGCCUAAGAAAGAUUCUCUCCUGUUAGAUAAUUGGCGCCCCAUUUCCUUAUUAAAUAGUGACUAUAAGAUUUUUGCUCUUAUACUUGCCAAGAGACUGAAAUCAGUUCUAGACUCUAUUAUUGAUGAGAGCCAAUCUGGGUUCAUGCGUAAUAGACACAUCUCAAAUAAUGUGAGAUUGAUUUUAGAUUUAUUAGACUACUCUGAGCUAGUUCAUGAAGACAGUUUUAUUCUUUUCUUAGACUUUUAUAAAGCAUUUGAUUCCUUAGAGCACGAUUUUGUAAUGGAAACCUUAAAAAAGUUCGGUUUUGGUCAGUUCUUCUGCAGAUCGGUCCAAACUUUGUACGCUAAUGGAAACAGUUCUAUUAAAUUAAGCAAUGGUACAUCCCCUAGAUUUGAUUUAAAGCGUGGAGUACGGCAGGGGUGUCCUCUUUCUGUUUAUCUGUUCCUUCUCGCUGCCCAACUUCUUAAUUUACACAUUAAAAACAGUCCUAUUAAAGGCAUUAGUGUGGCAAAUAAUCAUAUUUUAAUCAGUCAGUUGGCGGAUGAUACAGCCUUGUUUCUGGCAGAUGCUUCACAGGUUUCAGUUGCGAUUAAUCUUAUUCGCUCUUUUUCUAAAGCUUCCGGUCUCACCCUCAAUCUUAGCAAAUGUGAACUGUUACCAGUGAAUAACUGCUCUGCUUCCGUAGUGUAUAAUAUCCCUGUAAGAGACUCAGUCACAUAUCUUGGUGUACAUAUCACCAAAGAUAGAAAAGCCAGAGGUAAGUUAAACUUUUUUCCCCUCAUUGAAAAAACUCAAAAGGUUUUCAACCGAUGGUUACAAAGAGAUCUUUCUCUGAAAGGCAGAGUUCUAAUCACCAAGGCGGAAGGUAUUUCUCGUUUAACCUAUGCUGCUCAGUCAUUACAUGUAGAUAACUCCUUUUGUAAAUCUGUCGAUAAGAUGCUAUUUAAUUUUCUAUGGAAAAAUAAAACUCACUAUAUUCGUAA